AUGACGUUAUCCGAGGAAGAAAUUGAGACUUUGAAAAGAAAGCGAGCUCCUCUUAAAGGAAAGCUUACGAAAUUCAUAAAUUUUAUAGAUAACAAAGCUAAUAAAAAUAAAGUCACGGAAAUUAAAAUGCGUUUAGAAGGUCUGUCUGGUAUUUUAGACGUAUUUGAAUCAAUUCAAUUACAAGGAGACGCAGCGACAAAAACUACGGGAAAAGAAUUUGACGAAUUUGAAAAACUUUAUUAUGAAACAAUUAGCAGAGCUGUUGAUUUGAUACAAAGUUCAAACCCACAACAGUCAGCUAUUAAUUCAGGCAAUUCAAGUCAAAUCACUAUGUCAAGUCAAAGAGUAGCCUUUUCGAAUCAAGUUAAACUACCCCAAAUAGAAUUAAUAACGUUCGAUGGUACUUACGACAAAUGGUUAGAUUUUUAUAACUCUUUUAAUUCAAUGGUGCAUGAUAAUCCAAAUCUUUCAAAAAUUCAAAAAUUGUUUUAUCUAAAGUCGUGUUUGAAAGAGGAGGCCGUCACCACAAUAAACGCGUUAGAAAUAUCAGAAGAUAAUUAUAAAAUUGCAUGGAAUUUAUUAACUGAACGUUACAAUAAUAAACGGGUUAUAGCACAAAAACAUGUCAAAACUUUAAUGGAAAUACCCAAUAUUUCAAAAGAAUCAACAAGUGAACUGCGAAAAUUGUUAGAUACAGUGAGAAGUCAUUUACGUUCUUUAAAAUCAUUAGGGGAACCAGUUGAACAUUGGGACACCUUGUUAAUUUAUGUGAUUACGGCAAAAACCGAUAGAAACUCUCAUCGCGAGUGGGAAAAAUCCAUUACUACAACCGAUAUGCCGCAAAUGAAAAUCUUUUUAGAAUUUCUAGAGCAACGUUGUCAAAUAUUACAAGUAACGUCAAUAAAUGUAACUCCUAACAAUCAAAAUCAAGCAAACGGUUUAGGAAAAUCUCAAAAUAAUACACAAAAAAAGCAAUCUUUUAUGACAUCGAAAAAACCGGUCUCGUGUUUAAUUUGUAAAGAAACUCAUAAAAUAUACGAAUGCGAAAAGUUUAAGGGCAUGACUGUUAAAGAACGCGCUAAUGUAAUCAAGGAAAAUAGAGUAUGCUUCAACUGUCUUAAUAGUGGUCAUCGAAAUAAUGAAUGUAAAUGGUCGGGUUGCAAAAAAUGCGGUCAAAAACACAAUACGUUACUACAUUACGAAAAAUUUAAUAAUAACGAAAAAUCGGAAGUAAGCGAAGGCAAAUCGGAUUCUGUUCAAUCAGCAUCAAAUUCAAAACUUGUUGUGGCAAUAACGAGAUCAAGUCCCUCACAAGUGUUAUUGUCAACCGCUCUAAUUGAUAUAAAAGAUAAAGAUGGUAAUACUUUUCAAGCUCGCGUAUUGUUAGAUAAUGGUUCGCAAUCACACUUUAUUACGCAAAAAUUCACAAAUUUGUUAAAAUUACCUCGCAAAAACGUAGAAAUUCCAGUUGAAGGUUUAAAUCAAUUGGAAACGCGAAUAAAACAAUCAGUUCAAGCCGAAAUUCUUUCUAAAAAACGGAAUUAUAAAGAAAGGGUAGAGUUUCUUAUUAUACCAAGUAUAUGUGACCAACUACCAAAUGAAUUUGUAGGAAAAAAUUCUUUGAAUAUUCCACAACACAUACAAUUAGCCGAUCCCGAGUUUUUUGAACCAAAGAAAAUUGAUGCAUUGUUAGGUGUCGAAAUAUUUUACGAUUAA